AUGCUAUCCAAAUAUGAGAAUUCGGGGCCAAUCGGCUGCUCAAUUCCUUUUGAUUUGAACUGUAUCACGGGGAAGUCGGUCUUGAUUACAGGUGUGGUAGCCUACAGCCCUCUCAUGGUAUCAAAAAGUGCAAUUGUCACAAAUGCAGACAUCAGGCCCCCUAGAGAUGAAUUGAAACUGCCAGGAAUUGUUCAAUUCGUUCAAUGCGACGUCCGAAGCUGGGACGAACAAAAGGCGGCUUUUAACGCUGCGAUUGCCAGCUCUGUUAAUGGACGCAUUGAUGUGAUUAUUGCGAAUGCGGGCAUAUCGGUUGACGAUCGCGAAAUCGAGAAGCCGGAUACAAGUCUCAUCGAGAUCAACCUGAUUGGAGUCAUAUACACGGCCCGGCUCGCAUUACACCACUUCAGUGUCGAAUGGCCAGGAAAUUCGACCCAGCAGGACAAGUGCUUGAUUCUUAUAUCUAGUAUUAUGGGCUAUCUUGACGCCCGUCCAUCUGACGGAUCCACAAAGUUUGCCGUGAGAGCAAUUAUGCGAUCUCUGAGGCAUACUGGCCGCUGUCGAGUCAACAUCGUGGCCCCAUGGUUCAUCGCCACACCCAUCAUGACUGGGGAGGUGGUCAAGACCUUAGGUGGCCAGCUCACUGCCCAGGGCUCUGAGUUUGCGCACAGUGAUGACUCAGUAGAAUGCUUUUUACGCAUCGCCAGUGAUAAGUCUAUUCACGGGCGCGGGUUUGCCAUUGUUCCCAGGAACAUUAUCAAGCAAGGAUAUAUAGACCUUGACGAGGAUGACUUCAGGGAAGGAACAUGUGCUUUAAGCUGCAGCAGAUCACCUAUGGCUUGUCCCAUCGCAAAUAAAGUUCUUUAUGGGGGCUACUCUCUUUCUCACUUGGCGAAGUGCUCCGCUUUCUCAAAGAAUGUGCCUAGCAAGGCUACUUCCAUCAAGAUUAGUGUAUACUUUGCAUGA